CUUUUAAUUAUUCAUUUUCAUUUGCUGUUUCUUUUAACAAAUUUAAUUAUUUUCUUACCAAAUGCCAGACAACACGCAAAAACCUUUCAAGUUCACAUCCAGUUUGUUUGAGCCUGAAGAUGAGGACGAGUUUAUUAAUUAGUGCGACUUUGUUCCUGUUGUUGAUUACAAUAAAUUCGAACUGGAUGAGUUGGACUUUUCUAAUUUCGAAUCACGGGCUCCCAAGAAGCCUCGCCAAAAUCCCGUUGAGGAUUUGUCGCAACAAAAUGAGGCUUUGCCUCAACAAGAUGCUCUUAACGAUUGGGACAACUACUUCGACUUAAAUGACAACAAUUGUUACGAUGGGCCUGUGUUGACAGAGGAAGAAAUUCUUGCCAAUGAGAAGGAGGCUGCAGCAAAAGAAAAAGCUGCCAAAAAGGCUGCUCGGGAGAAGCGUCAGAUGAAGCCUACGCAACUGGCCAAUGACUGGGAGGAGAACCUUGAAGGUGUUAAGGCUGCCUUUUUUGAGUCGAUGCAGGGAGGAUUCCCCAAAGCUGAAGCUGUUGAGGUUGAGGCACCUGCUGUUCUUUGCGAACACCACGAAGUGAAAUUUCGGGAAGUGAAAUUAUACUUCUUUCACCGCCAUGUCAAGGUGAAAUUCCAAGAGUGCGAUUGCAAGCCUCUUUGGAAAACUUUAAUGCUCUUGCAAUUCAUGCCUGCCAGCAUUAGACAACCAAAGUGUGCUGUACACUUUGGUUUCUUGCAAGCCAUUCACGACCGUAAGGUAAUCGGCCAGGAUUCAGUCACGUCCUGGGUCGAGUGGAUGAAUUUGCAGAAUUCAAGAAGAGCCGCUAGUGACUCUGGUGAGGAGUUGCUGUCACUUGGUCAAGAUGUGUUGAACAGGUGUUAUCUCAUUUACUGUAGAUUAUUGCUGUCUAUCGAGAGAACACUUGAGGAGGAGUUCGCACAGUCUUUGGAUGGGAUCACGUUGGCACCUUCCUGCGUUGUUUGUUUAGGUUCCGAGCGAACAAUGAUAAUAAUGGAUGGAAACUUUUCCCAGAAGCGCCAUAAUUGUGCUCAUAACUCACCUGAGUCUUUUUUGGUGGAUCAAGUUGACGAGCUUUGGGGUAAAGCGAAGGAUGUGGAGAAGUUCCUGAAGGAUGAUUGCCCUGUCAGUGAUUGUAAUGCUGAACUCCAGUAUGUCGGUGAUGGUGAUGGUAAAGAUGGUGAUGAUAGGGAUGAUGGUGCUGGCGCUGGCGCUGGCGCCGGUGCUUGAGCUAAGACGAAGGCUAAGGCUAAGGUUAAGGCU